AUGGGCAAGCGUCCGCGCCCGCCCAAGGAGGCGACGUCCAGGGCUAAGGCCAAAGCCUCCCCGAAGGUCAGUGCACUGCCGGGGCCGCCGCAGCCGGCGGGCCUGAUGGAUGAUGGCGACGCCGCCAUCAAUGCCAAGUACCUAUCUGUGAUCGAUGAGCACGUCCAGCGGAUCCUCAGCCACCCUUUGUUCGAAGGUAUUCGGGCGUUCGACCCGCUGCAGAUGGGCGCCGACACUGACCGCCACAACGCCGUCGGGAUGCGCAAGCCCAUUGAGAUUGGUGACGCGGUCAAUGCCAUGACUGGGGGCUCAGGCUCUGGAGCGGUCUCUGGCGGAGGCAACAUCUUCUGGGUGAUGUUCAAUUUCCAAGCCAACCCUGGGGUCCCGAUCAGCCUCAAGAAAGUGACCGAGCUGAGCGAGUACCACUACGCUCUUGGCGAGCGCCCGGGGCCUCCGUGCCUGCCCAUUCACGCGUUCCUCUCUGCCAACAUCUCGGAGGAUACCCUCAAGGCCACGCUGGCUGCCGGGGAGCUGAAGCUGACCACGCCGCCGGAGUCCAUCCACGCGUGGGAGUUGAAGCAGUGGUUGGAAUACGCGCUCUCCGCGGAGUUCACUUUCGCCAAGCUGGAGUCCACGGGCGAUGCCCAUUUCUCCGCCGUGCGCUUGCGUGAGAACUUGAGUGUCCACAAGCGGCUCAUGGGCCGCGCCGCCCUCGGUCGCAUCCUCGAGGUGUCGAGCUUCAAGUCUCGGAAGGAGAAGCUCUCGGGGCCGAUGAGUUCCAAGGCAAUCGAGAUAGAGUACAAACAGCAUUGCAACAUCAAAGAUCCCGAGGAGCAGGUCACGGCCAACUUUGUGGACAACGCCCUCUCCAUCGUCAAGCGCAUGCUCUCGAUCAGCGGAGUCAUGACCAUUCUGUCGGAAGCCGAGGACACCUGCGAGGCAACAGCCUUCGACAGCGUGAGCAAGCUGCACGCCAUCGUGUCGAAGGUUGAGGUGUGCUGCUUCAAGCACACGGUGAAGACCUACCUCACUUCCACUUGGUUGGACAACUCGGACCUGCCAUCUCACGUCAAGGAAUCCUUUCGCACGUCCCUCUCUGAUCACGCCACGUACCGCGCCAGCAACGGGUUCCCCGAUGAGGAGGUGGACUUAUCUUGGGAAGCGUCCUUUUCAACUGCUGCUGAUUCUUUCUAUGGCAUCUUCGAGGCGCUCAUCUACAGCGACGCCUACGAUGAGGGGGUGAUCAAGCCUGCGAUUCGGGCCAAGAAGGCCGUGUCGGAUAUGUUGACCUCGCCAGGCCUUAAGGAGCUCAUGAACGAGGCGGCGGAGGAUCUCCAGAAUGAGGCCAAGGGUGAUGGCUGCGGGAACGGCGACGACGAGGACGGCGGCGAUCUUCUAGACAUGGGCGAGGCGGAUGAGGUCCAGCUUUCCAUAGCAAUGGGCCCAGGUGCGACGGCGAACGAGGGCACCAUUCAGACCCCUGUCAAAAAGCAGUCCAUCAAUCCCCGCCUUCUGUUGAACCCUCACAUGGCGCCGGAGACCGUGGAGCUGCUGAAGCCGUGCGACUCCGAGACGCUGGGCAGCGUCGAGAAG